ACUGACCGCACGAGCUGCGAGCAGCGGCAACAGAAUGCCGACACGGAGCGGGCCGGACCUUCAACAGCCCGCGGUCAGACUCUACCGCUGGAUGAACCCUCGGUGUGUUUCUCACACGGAGCAACAGUCAUACUCAAACUUCUGGCAACACGUAACCUCCGAGUCACGCCUGUGCUGAGUUUUUGUAAUGAACUGACUGGAGUGACAGGGCUGUACUUUCCCGUUUUCUACAACACUGACGGUGCAACAACAGAGCCGGGAUCGCUGCGCGCGGGCGGACAGUAACGGUAGUUUCCACUGGAUUUAAACGGGCCACACAGGCUCGUAUCGCCACGUACGACGACGAUAUACCAGACAAUAAAAGAGAGUCCAUGGGCGUGAGAGGCUGCCUGUAGUGGAGCGGUGGCUUGGCCGAGUAGUGAAGUAGAAUACAAUGGGAAACCAGCAAUGAUCAACUUGGUGGAAAGUUGGGAGAGACGGCGCAUCAAAGGGAGUAAUUACUAAAAGUGAUGUUUUGGAGACGCAGUACGGCGAGACAAGCUCACGUCAACCUCCUGUAGCGACGUCGGAACUGUUUCACGCAGCAGUUCAGCGUUCAAGUCAAACUUAAUAAUAUCAUGUGUGAAGUGGUUAUGGAAGAGCAGGAGCGGGAGAUCUCGGACAUAGACCCGCAGGAGUACUCCUCGGUGGCGGAGAACGGGGUCAUGCUGGUGGUCAAUCACAGCCGGGCCCAUGCUCCCUUCAGCGUCGUCCUGGCCACCGUGCUCUACUGCGCUGAGUUUGUCACCGCCGCCGUGCUCAGCAGCAUGUACCACAAAACCGACGAUGUCAUCUGGAUGGCCUUCACCAUCGCCUUCAUGCUGCUGCCCGCUGUGCUCAUUCAGCUAGCGCUCACGUUCAUUCACAGAGACCUGGGUCGGGACCGGCCUCUGGUCCUCUUCCUGCACCUGCUGCUGCUCGGCCCCGUCAUCAGGUGUUUCGAGGCUCUGGUGGUCUAUUUCAAGGCGGGUAAAAAGGAGGAGCCGUAUGUCACCAUCUCCAGGAAGAUCAGUCUGAAGAAGGGACAGAAGACACCCAUGGAGUUGGAGAUUGGCCAGUCGGAGCGCAACCUGGCCACUCACAGGAACGCCUUCAAACGCACCGCAGUCAUUCAGGCUUUUCUGGGCUCCACGCCUCAGCUGACGCUCCAGCUCUACGCCACCAUCCAGGAGAAAUAUUUCCUCCCUGUGAGAUUGGCUUUGAUGGUCAUCACCCUGAUCUCCAUCAUAUACGGCGCUCUGGUCUGCAGCGUUCUGGCCAUCCAGAUCAGAUACGACGACUACAAGGUGCGGCUGCGUCCUUUGGCCUACCUGUGCAUGAUCGUGUGGAGAGGUUUGGAGAUCGCCACCCGGAUCACCACUCUGGUUCUCUUCAGCACAGCGCUCACACACUGGGUGAUCCUCGUCGGCGUGGCUAACCUGCUCUUUUUCUUCUUCCUCCCCUGGGCUGAGUUUUGGGCCAAGAAAGGCUCGCUGACUGAGAACGUGGAGAAAAACUUCUCUAAGCUGGGCACCACGGUGGUGCUGUGUAUGUUCACACUGCUCUACGCCUGCAUCAACGUUUUCUGCUGGUCGGCGGUGCAGCUAGACUUCUCCCAUCGGGAGCUCAUCGAGAGGAAGCAGCGCUGGGACCACCUGGCCAUCUACUACUGCGGACGCUUUGUUGAGAACUUCAUCCUCAUCACGCUCUGGUACUUUUUCAAGUCGGACUUCUACGAAUAUGUGUGCGCCCCGCUGCUGUGCGUCCAGCUGCUGGUCUGCUACAGCCUGGCCGUGCUCUUCAUGCUGCUCUUCUACCAGUUCUGCCACCCCUGCAGACGCCUCUUCAAGUACAACGUCCACGACUGCCUGCAUUGCGUCUGCUGUCGUAAAGGGACUGGGGGAGGAAGGGGGAGGCGAGGGAAGCCGCCGACCUCGUACUCCACUGCUGCCACCAUGGUGCUAGCACCAGAGGAGCCGCUGGAGCUCCUGGACUCCCAAAACUCUCAUCACCCCAACAGCAGUCAGCUGGGUGAGCGAGAGACCGCUAUUGUUGACGACAUAAUGGAAGCAGCCUGAGAGCGGCUUUCUGAGGAAUUACAAAAAACUCAAGCUCUCUAAUGUAGAAAUGCAUCGUGGGAAUAGUGAGACAUGAUGCUGGUUCUGCAGGGUGCCCAGAAACCAGGUGAUUUUAUGUUUGUGAGUAAAUGAGGUGAUGUGUUAGAGAACAAACGUUUGCCCCUUUUCUCUCAAGUGCACUGAACUUCACGUGAGAGGGAUUCAGGUUAACUCCUGAUGUCCUCAUUCAGGAUGGUUACGUACACUUAGGGCAACACGAGGCCCCGGUGUGCCAAAGAAUGUAGCAUGUUGAGAUAUGCAGCGAUGCACAAAGGCCGCCUUGAGAGAGCAGCAGUGGGUCAGGUACAGGACUGAGCCAGGUGUGUGGGAAACGUGCCAAGUGCGUCCGAAGUGCCCAAAAAGACUGACGACUGACCGGGACAACCCCAGUUUACUUCCUCUCAUGGUUUUCACACUAUGAAAGCCCCCCCCCCCUCCCUUUUGCACACUUCUGCAUCUGCACUACAUAGACUUAAAAAACAAACACAGAGCAGGAGGUCAAGAAAAGGUAAGAAGAAGAAUUUAUCUUCCUCAUACCCAACUGCAUAAACCUGCUGUGAUGAAUGAUGCCUUGUGUUGUUCACUAUCCAGACUGGUUGCCUUGAUUUAAAAUAAAUAAAUAGAUAAAAAAAUAAAUAAAAAAACAGUUUUUAGUUUUACAAAAACACGUGAAAAAAGUCAGUGAAAAUAUUCUGCUGAAAGACUUACAAAACCUUUAGGGACUUUCAGGUGUGUAUCCUUAAAAAAAACAAAAAAACAAUAAACCUACAUUUGUUGAUGCAUUAACAACAGUAGUUACACUGAAUGAGCUUCUGUUUUAUGUUUGUGCUUUCACGUUCUGCUUAUUUUUUAUGUUUUGUCUCGUAAUGUUUUGUCACAGUUGGUUCAGUGCCUUGACUGCUGCUGUAUUACUUGAAACUUAAAUAAAAUAAUCUGAUG